GGAGGGAACUUCGCCUCCGGCUCCUUUUGCGCUUCUUUCUGCGCGCUGCGUUUCCCCAUCUGAGGAAGAACUCGGUGGGGUCGCUGCGGGCAAGCCGGUGCGGGCGCAGCGUGGAGCCCGCGUGGGACGGGGAGCGGCGGACAUUAAAUGAAAGUGAAUUAAUAGGUAAAAGAAUCUCAUCUGGAGGACAUCAUUGCUAACCUGCCAGUUUUAGAAACAAAAUAAGCCCUUCUGUCAAGAAGACCUGAAAUAAAGCUGUAUUAAGACCACCAUCAAUUUAUAGAAGAGAUUAUGCAGGUCGGUUUUCUGAAUUCUCUGUGUUCACCCUGGACCUCUGUAUAGGGACCCUGAGUGAUCAGCUCUUAAGAGGACUAAAACCAUGGCCUUUCUCUGGCUUUCUGGAUCUGUGCUUUUCUGUUAGAGGAACGCUGAGGACUGAUCCGCUCGUCUAAAACCAUGGCCCACAUAAGUGGAUGUUUCUCUCCUUCUUGAAAUAUAUGUGACUUUUUAGAUCAUGUAAGUAUUUUUUCCAGUUUUUAUAGCAUUUACUACCAAGAGAGGCCCCACACAUAACCUGCUUCACAGCUUUUGUUCCAGUGAAAUGUGACACCACGUUACCCAGUGUCCUCUCUGUGUGGCAUGUUCUAAACUAGUAUUCAUGUUAUUACUGAGAAGUCAUUCAACAUGUGUUAAGUACCCAUUCUUUUAUCAUGUGCAAUGAUGUAGCAGUGAAGGAGAUAAGUCUUUUGAAGUAAAGACUUAUGUGAGUCAGGUCUGUAGUUUGGUGAGAUGGAGACAAUGGUUGUAUUCAACCAUCCAUGAGAAGACUUUGAUAUUUUCCAGACUUGAGAUUUCUGGGUAAAUAAGAUAGAAAUCAUGUAUUGAAUGACUUAAAUCUCACUGUAGAGUAAACUCUCACAGUUUGUGUCAACUAGUAUAUGACUCAAGUUUGCAAACUUGGAGUUUGUGGAUCUUGGCAAAAUAUGAAGACUUCUAUUAUUGAAUGGGGCCUAUUCAAUUUGGGUGAGAUCUACAUAAUUCAUCAUUCUUCCUCAGAAUUCUUUAACUCAUUGUAUUAGUUGUCUACUGCUGCGUAACAGAUUACCCCUACACUUAAAAGCUUAAAAGAAGUAAACAUUUAUCUCACAGUUUCAGUGUCCCAGAAAUGUGGACAUGGCUGAGCUUGGCUCUCUUGCCCUCUUACAAAGCUGGGAGGGGUCUUUUACAAGGUCAUCAAAAUGGUGGUCAAGGUUGCUGUCAUCUUAGGCCAACGUUGGGUAUAUCUUCUUCCAAGCUCCCUCAGAUGAUUUUUUGACUGGAUCCAGAUACUUAUGGGCUGAUGAUUUUUUUACUGGAUCCAGUUACUUAUGGGCUGUAGACUGGAGGCCAUUCAUGGUUGAGCAAGUGAGACAUCAAAAGAGGGCAAGAAGUAUGGAAAUCAUGGUCUUUUGAUGUCUGCUAUCAGAAGUAACAUUUCAUUAUGUUGGCAAUAAUCUGUAUAUUCAAAGCAGGUUACUCAGUUCAGCCCACAUACAUGUGAAGGAGAAUGUGCAUAAAUACCAGAAGAUGAUCAUUGGCAAUCUAAGUAGAAGCUGCCUCCCACAUUCAGCAUGAGUCAACUGCUCAGUGACAUGAGAUCCAUAACACUCGGGGAUGUGGCCACAGACUUCUCUCAGCAGGAGUGGGAGUAUCUCGACCCUGUUCAGAAGGCUUUGUACUGGGAUGUGAUGAUGGAGAACUAUGGUAACUUGGUUUCAUUGGCAGACCAGUCCAUUUCUAAGCCAGAUGUAAUUACGUUAUUGGAGCAAGGAAAAGACUGCUGGAUGGUUGUGAGGGAAGAAACAAGAAGAUGGUAUACAGAUUUGAAGUCAAGAUAUGAAAUAAUCAGCUAUGAAAAAGUACAUACUUAUAAAAAACAUUCAUCUCUUACUCUUGAUCAGAAAAUUCCUAACAGAGAGAAGCCCUAUGAAUGUGAUGAAUGUGGGAAGGCCUUUAGUCGACAUACAGACCUUACAGUACAUCAGAGAAUUCAUACUGGUGAGAAACCUUAUGAAUGUAAACAAUGUGGAAAGGCCUUUAAUCGUGCAUCCAACCUUUUGCAACAUCAGAGAAUUCAUACUGGUGAAAAACCCUAUAAAUGUGAGGAAUGUGGAAAGACCUAUAGUCGUAGGAUUGACUUAAUCGUUCAUCAGAGGAAUCUUACAGGUGAGAAACCCUAUGAAUGUGAAGAAUGUGGGAAGGCUUUUAGUCGCGGAAGACUUAGAAUAUAUCAUAGAAUUCACACUGGUGAGAAACCAUAUAAAUGUAAGGAGUGUGGGAAGGCCUUUAGUCAAGCCUCUCACCUUACGCAACAUGACAGAAUUCAUACUGGUGAAAAACCAUAUGAAUGCCAUGAAUGUGGAAUGGCCUUUAUUCGUGGUAUAGAUCUUAGAGUACAUCAUAGAAUUCAUACUGGGGAAAAACCCUACAAAUGUAAGGAAUGUGGGAAGGCCUUUACUCGUGCCUCAAAUCUUGUACAAUAUGAGAGAGUUCAUACUGGGGAGAAGCCAUAUGAAUGUAAGGAAUGUGGGAUGACAUUUAGUCAUGGCCGUCAACUCAUUUCACAUCAGAGAAUGCAUAUUGGUGUGAAACCUUAUGAAUGUAACAAAUGUGGGAAGGCCUUUAGUCAUACUUCAGCUCUUAUUCAACAUGAGAGAAUUCAUACUGGUGAGAAACCCUAUAAAUGUAAAGAAUGUGGGAAAGCCUUCAGUCACACCUCAAACCUUGUUAGGCAUGAGAGAAUUCAUACCGGUGAGAAACCAUAAGAGUGUAAGAGAUGUUGGAAGGCCUUUAGUCAUGUUGAAAGCCUUAGAUUGCAUUAUAGAAUUUACACUGGUGAGAAACCCCAUGAAUGUAAAGAGUGUGGGAAGGCUUUUAGUAGUGACCGUCAACUAAUUGUACAUCAUAGAUUUCAUACUGGUGAGAAACCUUAUGAAUGUAAGGAAUGUGGGAAGGCCUUUAGUGUGUGUGGACGACUUACUCAACAUCAGAGUAUUCACAGUGGUGAGAAACCUUUUGAAUGUAACAAAGGCAGGAAAUCCUUUAGGCUCCAUUGAAGUCUUAAAGUACAUAAGAGAAUUCAUACUCGAGAGAAGCCUUAUGAAUGUAAGGACUAUGAAAAGCCAUAUAUAUGCAGUGGAUAACGUACAGUACAUCAGUGGAUUUAUAACACUGAGAAACAAUUUGAAUGAAAGGAAUAUAGGAAUGCUUUUAUAUGUGAUUCAGUGCUUAUAAAGUAUUAAUUAAUUUAUACUGGUGAAAACCCCUGGGAAUGUAAAUAAUGUCCCAGAUUUUUUGGUUAUGAUCUAAAUGUUCAGAUUCAGAAAUUUGUAAUGUAUUUUAAUAAAAAAAGGAAAGUCUUUACUAGUACUUACUAAUGGAUUAUCAGAAUAUUCAUAAUGGAGAAAAAUUCAGAGAAUGUGGAAAUGCCCCCCCCCUUUUUUUGCUUUGUUUAUAAAAGCUCUCCAGCCCUAGUAAAUUAUUGUUAAAUUUGAGAAGACUUAUAUCACAGAAAAACCCUGUUGACCUAACAUGUACAAAAACCAUCAUGAUGGCCAUUC